AUGGCCGCUACCUUGGACGACACGGUGCUCGCACAAUGCAUCCUCCGGGAGCUCACGCACCUGAAAGUCCAGAGCUGCGCCAUGCGGGACUCUGCGUGUUCCUCAGACACUGAGACACUUUCUCCUGCCUCAUCGCAGAGCCUCUCCUCCAUCCGGUCGUCCUCGCCAGUGGGGCUCACCAGGCUGGUCGGACCAGCCAUUCCUCCCCCUCCGGGUCUGCCUCUGCCGCUUCCGCUGGCAACCCUCGUGCCUCCUCCACAGCCGCUGUCUCGGACCGUGUCCAUCGAGCUGCCACCAGAGGCUCCACAGGAGCCGCAGUGGCACGUGCUGAAUCCAAACGCGAAGUUCAAGUCUGCCUGCGGCUGUCCGCUGGUCUCCCAGCCAUUCCAGGUGGGAGACUUGGACGAUGUCAGGGUGAUCUUUGCACCUGGAAAGCAGUGGAUGACGGAGUAUUGCCGAACGACAAAGAAGCACAAGAAGAGCCAGGCCUGUGAUGAUCUGCCGAAGUUCGGCUCCUUGCAGCUGAAGAUUUCAGGUGGCAAGGCUGAAGACAGCAAGGUCUUCUUUCUCUUUGGAUCCCAUCGCUUCGGCCCGGUUGCCAGCCCCGCUGGACAGUGUACCACUGAGGUCUUCGAGCUGCCCUUGGAUUGGCGACGAGAGAUGUGUGGAGGUGCACUGAGCAUCGGCGUGGAGAUUGAACGCGCAUAG